CCAGCACUCUAACGGGACCGAUCGGAGGAGGAGUGGCAGCUCUUGGAUCAAUCGUCGUCGGUCAGCCAAACCUCUCAUUGCUCGUGCUGCUGUCGCCACCGAUGUGAAUUCCCGCUUCUGGGCGAUAACCUCCCACAUUCUCCUCCGCACGUUCCUUUCCUUGAUCGCACCGGCGCAUCAAACGCACCGCAGGAGGAAUGCCGGAAAAUCCAGCGGACCUGCAGGGUGCCGUGGCUGCCGUGGAGCGGCUGCAGGCGCGGCUCCGCGAGCUGAGCGCCGGCGACGGCGACGCCAGCGGCGGUGGUGCCGCCGACGACGACGACGACGACGGCGGCGGCGGGGAUGGCAACGCGAUGGACGUGUGCGAGCGCCGGCUCGGCGCCCUGCGGGCCACCCUCGAAAGCCCCCUCUUCCAGCAGAUCCUGCGCCUGCAGAGCUCCGUCCGGCACCUGCGUGACAAGGCGACACAGCUGCCCGGCGAGCUGGAGUUCGGCGUGGCGGACCAGCUGGGGCUGUCGGCGACGGCCGUGCCGUGCUCCCGCUCGCCGGUGCUCACCUCGGCGCAGGUGUGCGGCGAGCCAUCCGGCUUCGGGCUGCUGGUGCAAGAGAUGGCGCAGGGGCGAGUGGUGGAGUGCGUGGAGCUGCAGAGGCCGCGUGGGGGCACGCCGGGCGGCCUGGGCUUCCGCGUGGCCGGCCUGCGCAGCGACGAGAGGGGCGACCUCGGCAUCUUCGUCCGGGACAUCGCCCUGGGCGGCACAGCUCACCGGGACGGGCGGCUGCGUGAAGGGGACCAGAUCCUGGCGAUCAACGGGCUGCCGCUGGACACGAGCGUGUCGCACGCGUGCGCCGUGUCGCUGCUGCAACAGGCCGCGGGCCCCGUCACGCUGCUCGUCGCUCGCCCGCCGUGCCGGCCCGGCGGCGACGACGACGACGGUGGCGGCGGCGGCGGCGGCAUCUCGGCGGAGGGCGACGUCCCGCCGUGGGGCUGGGAGCGGGCGGUGGACACGGUGGAGCUGACCAACGACGGCUCGGGGCUCGGCUUCGGCAUCGUCGGGGGCAAGGGCACCGGCGUGGUCGUCAAAACCAUCCUGCCCGGAGGGGUCGCCGCUCGCGAUGGGAGGCUGCAGAGCGGAGACCACAUCCUGCAGAUCGGGGACACGGACGUGCAGGGCAUGGGCAGCGAGCAGGUGGCUCAGGUCCUGCGCCAGUGCGGCACGCACGUCAAGCUGGUGAUCGCGCGCGGCCUGAGAGAGGCCGAGCGCCCGCAACCGUCGCCGCCGCCGCCGCCGUCUUCGUCCCCCGGGGGGCUGUCGUCGUCGUCCAGCCGGUCGGCCUCGAGGGAGGAGGAGAUCCCCUCGGUCGCCUCCCUGCACGCCCUCCGCUCGGAAGAGGGCGAAGGGGUGGGUGGCGUGGAGGCCUACGAGGUGGAGCUCACGAAGGACGCGCAGGGGCUGGGCAUCACCAUCGCUGGCUACGUUGGCGAUAAGAACUCUGAGCUGUCGGGAAUCUUCGUGAAGAGCAUCACCCCGGGCAGCGCCGCGGAGCACGACGGGCGCAUCUGGGCCGGGGACCAGAUCAUCGCCGUGGACGAGACGGACCUGCAGGGCUUCACCAACCAGCAGGCGGUGGAGGUGCUGCGCCGCACCGGCAGGACGGUGCGCCUCACGCUCGCCCGCCGGGAGCCGCGGCACGGCGCGGCCGCCGGCGGGCGGCGCUCGCGGAACAGCCCCGGCUCGGGGUCGAGCGAGGGCGGCGACGAUGACGGUGACGACGGUGACGAGGUGGAGCAGGAGGAGGGGCGACAACGCUCAACCUCUCCCGGUGGUCGGCGCGGGCUCGGUGGCGGUGGCGGCAAACGAGAGAAGAUCUGGAGCGCCGACGCGGAGACGGACGCCCCCACCGUCACCGUCACCAUCUCGCCCUCCAGGCCCGGCGGUGUGUGGGGCGGCGCGAGGCGCACCAGCGGCGGCGGCGACGGUACUACGGUGAGCGCCACCGGCACGGACAACGAUGAGGAGGAGGCGGACGAUGCUCGUGGGCGGGAGGCCGAGCGGCGCCGCUUCCUCCCCGGAAUCAAGGCCUCCACCGAGGACGACGACGUUGUCAGGGCCAGCUGGCAGAACAUCCUCGGAGCCGGGAAAGAAGUCGUGGUGUCGCGCGUGUUCAAGACGAGCGAGCGCAGCGGCCUGGGCAUCAGCCUCGAGGGCUCCCUGGGGCACCACCACAUCCGCUCCAUCCUGCCCGAGGGGCCCGUGGGGCGCAGCGGGCUGCUGCUCAGCGGGGACGAGCUGCUGGAGGUGAACGGCACGCGCCUGCUGGGCCGUGCCCACCGCGAGGUGGUGGCCAUCCUCAAGGAGCUGCCCCUGGCCGUCACCAUGGUGUGCUCCCGGCACGCCCACGACUACGACGCCAGCGGGCAAAGCGCCUCGUCGCCCGGCCAGCUCGGUGUGCCCGCCCCGCGGCUGCCACCUUUCGCCUGGGGCAGCCAGCAGAGCCUCUCCAGCUCCGACCACAGCCUUGGCCAGAUGUGGUCCGGCGGUAGCCCCCCCGCGUCUCCAGAGAGCGCUCUCGCGGCCGGCAGGCCCAAGGCUCCGGCCGCGACGAACCUCGGGCCCCAGAGUGGCGUCUCCUCCUCCUCCUCCUCGUCUCCCGCGGCGUCGCGGAUGGAGACGGAGCGAGCACCGUGGAGCCCCCCAGACGACGCCGGUGUCGUUCUCGGGGGACCCCGGAGCGCCGGGCCGGUGGGGGGGAGUGCGACGGGGACAGAGGCCGAGGAGGAGGGGGGAGUGGCGGCGGUUGCCGGAGGGCAGCAGCCCAUGUGGGACUCGGAGGUGCAGUGGAUCGAGCUGGAGAAGGGCACCCAGGGGCUGGGGUUCAGCAUCCUGGACUACCAGGACCCGUGGGACGCCGACCGCAGCGUGGUGCUUAUCCGCUCGCUGGUGCCUGGCGGCGCCGCCGAGCGGGACGGUCGCCUGCUGCCCGGGGACCGCCUGGCGUUCGUCAAUGAGCGCGACCUCACCGGCGCCGGCCUGGAGGAGGCCGUCGCGGCCCUCAAGGGGGCACCGCCGGGCACAGUUCGCAUCGGCGUGGCCAAGCCGCUGCCGCCCGACCCGGCGCCGGGCUCCUCGGGCCUUCGCGCCGGCCGCGACCCUCCGGCCGUCACCAGGGAGACGCAGCUCCCCGGCGCCGCCGGCCCCGUCGCCAGGGCGGCCGUCGCCACGGCGACCCCGUACCGCACGCGGGGGUUCCAGCUGCCGCCGCGCGCGCCGCGCGUGAGCUCGCCCCUCUUCCACGCCGAGCUGGCGCUGGUGGAGCCCACCGAGUCGGAGGCCUUGGAGUCGUCGUCCACCUCGGGGCAGUCCCACGGCUCGACCUCGCAGGUGAGCGAAGGGGUCACCCGUCCUCCGUCCGAGUUCGAGAAAACCAUCACGGUGAACAAAGGGACGUCCAGCCUCGGCAUGACGGUGACGGCGGACCCGGAGGGCGCCGGCAUGAUGGUGCGCAGCGUGAUGCACGGCGGGGCCAUGGGGCGCGACGGGCGCGUCACGCCGGGCGACGUGCUGGUGGCCGUGAGCGGGGAGCCCGCCGCCGGCCUUGGCAGCGCGCAGGCUCGGGCCCUCCUGCGCAAGCACUCGCUCAUCGGAGCGCAGAUCGAGUGUGAUGGGCCCUCUGUGGGGCCCAGGGAGGCCCCAUCCCUAGAGCUCACGUUCGUGAGUGCCGGCGACCUGGAGGAGUACCGGGAGAGUCGGCGCGCACACGCUGGCGCCGCGGCAAGCAGAGAAGCCGAUUUGCCGGAGCGUGAAGCUGGGGAGGGGGAGGAAAGCGAAGAGCGGGGACCCUCGCAGGUUCACUGGGGGCCCCCCCGCCGGGUGCUGGUGGACCGCGACCCCGGUGGGCGGUCGCUGGGCAUCAGCAUUGUGGGCGGGCGAGGGAUGGGGGCGCGCUUGACGCCGGGCGAGGUGCUGCGCGGGAUCUUCAUCAAGCACGUGCUGCAGGACAGCUCCGCGUCGCGCCUCGGAGGGCUCAAGGAGGGCGACCGCAUCCUGGAGGUGGGUGGUGAGGACCUACGUGACGCCAGCCACGAGCGGGCUGUGGACGCCAUCCGUCGAGCGGUGCACCCCGUCGAGUUCGUGGUGCAGAGCCUCGUGCCCAGGGCCCAGUCGCGGCAAAAGUUUGCCGCGCCGCGGCAAGACUUCAGCCUUAAGCCUAGCAACCCUUUCUACCACCUACUAACCCAGCCGGCGGGUAGCCUAGACGCGCCGCCGCCGCUGCCACCGGCGCCGGCUUCGCCCCCCCCAAAGCCUCCUCCUCCGUCCCUGUACAACCCCUUCCUCUUCCACGCCACCGCCGACCCCUGCCAGCAGGACGCCGCCGGCGCUCGCGCGGGGUCAGAGGUUGCCGCGACGGGGACGGACGAGGAGGAGGAGGACGAGGGGGAGGGGAGCGGGGAGGGAGGGCGGCACGCGGACUUCCCGCUCGGAGCGCCGCCGCCGCAGCCAGUGCCGGGCGGCGCGGGGGAGCCGGCGUCGUGCGCCAUCGUGCCGGGCCUGGAGACGCACAUCGCCAUCGCCAAGGGGCGCACGGGCCUGGGCCUCAGCAUCGUGGGCGGCACCGACACGCUGCUCGGAGGCAUCAUCAUCCACGAGGUCUACGAGUCCGGGGCUGCGGCGAAGGACGGACGCCUCUGGGCGGGCGACCAGAUCCUGGAGGUGAACGGAAUCGACUUGCGUUGCGCGACGCACGAGGAGGCGAUCGCGGCCCUGCGCCGCACGCCGGCCACCGUGCGCCUCGUCGUGUUCCGGGACGAGGCUCAGGACCCCCCCCCUCGCGACGCGCCGGACGACGACGGCGGGGGGGGGCAGCCCCCCCACCGAGCGUACGUGGGGCCCCCCGGAGCCUCGGGCUGAGUACGAGGAUGAUCUGCCACGGCAGCCACCACAGCAGCUUCCACAGCAGCAGCCACCACUGCAGCAGGGGGGGGUGACCGCGGAGGUGGCAGACCAAGUGCAGGCUGGAGGCGGCGACGAGGCGCUG